UUUAAUUGGCAUUUAAUCGGAUUAGAUUAGCAUAAGACCCUAAUCACCCCCCAUUUAGGGUCUAACACGAUGGUGAGAGGCUUAAACCAAACCUUAAUAUAAAGGCCAUGAAUGCCUUAAUUUGUAGACUAACCCCCAAUGAAUACAAUAGGGUUUCCACAUGUGCAACCGCAUACGAAAUUUAGGAAAAAUUGUGCAUCACUCAUGAAGGAACCCCCAAAGUUAAGGAGUCCAAAAUUAGUGGCCUCAUGCAUGAUUAUGAAUUGUUUAAAAUGCUUCCAAAUGAAUCUAUUGAUGCUAUGUUUUCUCAAUUUACUAACAUCAAAAAUGAAUUGCAUGGCCUUGAUAAGGUGUUGACGAACCAAGAGAUGAACUACAAAAUUCUUCGUUCUUUGACGCCGGUGUGGGAGCCCAAAGCUACGGCUAUCGAGGAAGCUCAUGAUCUUACAACACUUACUCUUGAUGGUCUCAUCAGUAAGCUCAAGGUCCAUGAGAAGAAGAUCAAGGAGAAGGAGGAAGUGCCCCCAAAGGCAACAGAGGAACCAUCUCAAAAAAUAAAAACUAUUGCGCUCAAAGGAGCAAUUGAUGACUCAUCCUCCUCGGAUAGUAAAGUUGAGGUAAAUGCUUCGAAUGCAAUGAACCGAGACACUUAGCUAAGGAUUAUCCCAAGCUUAAGGAGAAGUACUUGAAGUACAAUAAGAAGAAGGCUAUGUACGCCGGAUGGGAUGAAUUCAAACCAAGUGAUUCGUAUAGCGAUGAUGAGGGUACCAAGAUUGCUCUUCAUGACCUAAACAUUUGUUUCAUGGCUCAUGAAGAUGAUGUAUAAUCCAAAACCGAAA